GGAGUGUUUGUGUUUUGGUUCUUGAAGGGGCCGGCGGCCGCCCUGAGGGGAGGAGGCUGAGGAGGGCGGAGGAGGAAGGAUUGGAACUCGAGCGCCGGCGGCGUUGGAGGAGGAGGAGGAAAAAGGAAGGAGGAAGGCGGAGCGGAGAGAGGCGGAGACGGAGCCUGACAGGGGCGGUCCCACGGCUCCGGCCCGCACUGUCCAGUGUGAAGGGAGCGGCGCGAGGAGGCGACGCGGGCUCCUCCAUUCCUCGGCCACGCCUGGGCCUUGCUGACGGAAAGCCGCGGCCCCGCGUGGUGCGGGCUCAGAUUUCUUUACUUCCAGAAAGAUAAAAAAUCGACACCUUCCAUCCUGGCAGUUCAUUUAGGAGUCUGAAAUUAGGGACUUCUUUCAAAUUUGAACAUGGCUAAUCGAGGAGCAACAAGACCUAACGGGCCAAAUACUGGAAAUAAAAUUUGCCAGUUCAAACUAGUACUUCUGGGAGAGUCUGCUGUUGGCAAAUCAAGCCUAGUGCUUCGUUUUGUGAAAGGCCAGUUUCAUGAAUUUCAAGAGAGUACCAUUGGGGCUGCUUUUCUAACCCAGACUGUGUGCCUUGAUGACACAACAGUAAAGUUUGAAAUAUGGGAUACAGCUGGUCAAGAAAGAUACCAUAGCCUAGCACCAAUGUACUACAGAGGAGCUCAAGCAGCCAUAGUUGUCUAUGAUAUCACAAAUGAGGAAUCUUUUGCAAGAGCAAAAAACUGGGUUAAAGAACUCCAGCGGCAAGCAAGUCCUAACAUUGUAAUAGCUUUAUCAGGAAACAAGGCUGAUCUAGCAAAUAAAAGAGCUGUAGAUUUCCAGGUAUGUUGA